AAUAUCGUAAGAUGAUAUUUUCGCAUCGCAGUAACACAAGUCCUCUUUUCACAAACACAUACUUCAUUUUACAUCUCUCACUCCACCUCUACUGCUUGCCUCCUCCAUUCCCUCACUGUUUCUCAUUUUCAUUUUUGUUUUAUUUCGUUUUGCUGACCAAAUUUUCAGAUAUAAGUGAGGUAUUGGAAUUCUCCUGUUGGGUGGUUAACAAUGGAAGUUUUGCUGCCAAAACUUCCAUCUUUCAAAUUUCCAAGCCCCAGUUAUUGCUUUUCAAUCACUACUAGGACCUCAUCAUCUGUCAGAGUCGGGUUUCGCCGAUUAUCUUCUCUCCCUGUUUGUGCAACAACUGUCAAUGAAGCAGUAGCUGAACCAACUCUUGGCUCCUCUUCUUUGGGUCACUCUACCAGACCUCAUUUCCCUAUACUUCACCAGGAAGUAAAUGGCUCAAAACUUGUUUACAUAGACAAUGCAGCAACAUCUCAGAAGCCUACAGCUGUUGUGAAGGCUUUGCAAAACUAUUAUGAAGGUUAUAAUGCAAACGUGCAUCGGGGCAUGCAUUUCUUGAGUGCAAAGGCCACAGACGAGUAUGAAUCAGCUAGAAGGAAGGUUGCAACUUUUAUAAAUGCUUCCGACUCUCGAGAAAUUGUAUUCACAAGAAAUGCUACUGAAGCUAUCAACCUAGUAGCUUAUUCUUGGGGUUUGUCAAAUUUAAAACCAGGAGAUGAGAUCAUACUUACAGUUGCGGAACAUCACAGUGCAAUUGUUCCAUGGCAAUUAGUAGCUCAAAAAGUUGGCGCUGUUUUGAAAUUUGUGAAUUUAAACCAAGACGAAGUUCCAGAUAUAGACAAAUUGAAGGAAAUGCUUUCAGGGAAGACCAAAAUAGUUGUUGUUCAUCACGUUUCAAACGUGCUUGCUUCGGCUCUUCCUAUUAGAGAUAUUGCCCAGUGGGCACAUGGUGUUGGAGCAAAAGUUCUUGUAGAUGCCUGCCAGAGUGUUCCACACAUGACGGUUGAUGUUCAGAACCUUGAUGUUGAUUUUCUUGUUGCUUCUUCUCACAAGAUGUGUGGGCCUACAGGCAUUGGAUUCUUAUAUGGUAAAAUUGACCUCUUGUCUUCUAUGCCUCCAUUUUUAGGUGGUGGUGAAAUGAUUUCUGAUGUAUAUUUUGAUCAUUCAACUUAUGCCGAACCUCCAUCCAGAUUCGAGGCUGGAACACCAGCUAUUGGUGAAGCAAUUGGAUUAGGAGCUGCAAUUGAUUACUUAUCUGGGAUUGGAAUGCAAGCCAUACACGAGUAUGAGGUGGAACUGGGUACAUACCUGUACGAAAGGCUCCUUUCAGUCCCAAAUAUUCGCAUCUAUGGGCCAGCACCUUCAAAAGAAGUCAAACGAGCUGCUCUUUGUUCUUUCAAUGUUGAGAAUUUGCACCCUACUGAUCUUGCAACGUUUCUGGACCAACAGCAUGGAGUGGCUAUCAGAUCAGGUCACCAUUGUGCCCAACCUCUCCAUCGCUAUUUAGGAGUCAGCGCAAGUGCACGUGCUAGCCUCUAUUUCUACAACACAAAGGAGGAUGUGGACAACUUUAUCCAUGCCCUCCACGACACUGUCAGCUUCUUCAAUUCAUUCAAAUAGUUAGAAUGUAUCUAUAUGUAAAUUAAAUUUUGUUCAUACAUCGGUUAGGAUUGGUUCAAUUUGAAGGGAUAACAAGCUGUGUUAAUUCCUAUUGCUGAUCUCAUAGAUAGACAUGCACAAAUUAUAGUAACCCUUAAUUGUGGAACAACUUGUCUACCGCCUGAGAUUUUAUGUAUUAAAAAUUGUUACAAGUUAGAGUUUUUUCUUCUCUUAUUGUAUGUAUCCACCUUCACUUUGGAUAAGACUAGAGUGAUGUAUAAUUUGCUACAACAGCGCUUUGGUACUUUCUAGUUCAGUAGUAGUUCACAGAUAUAUGCUAAUA